GUUUUCUGUUUUCCAGGUGUCAAUACACUCGUGCGGUUUCUUGAUUGUCGGAUGUUCUUGUUUUCCUGUCCGCCACCUUUUGUCGGUUUUCCCCUUUUCGGCGGUGUUCGACACUGCACACAUCUCGUCUUUGUUCGUUUGCCCGUUUUUCUGGGUUUUCUGUCACUUGCUUCCUCCGCAGUUUCCUUUCUCCCGUCGUGAAGCUGGCUCUCGAUGUAUCUGUCGCCCCUUCUCCCCCGUUUUUCCUCGGAAAGCAUCAAACACGCACGAAGCACAGGCGAGACAGGAGACAGAGAGGACGCUCGUCUUGAGUAGCGAAACGAGACAGAAAGAAGAAGAGAGAAGGAAAAAGAGGACCAGCAAGACGGAUGAAAAGAAGGACAGGGAAGAAGAGGAGGAAGGCGAAGAAAAGGACGGCGAAAAACAGGAAGGAGGCACAGAAGUGAAGAGCGGAGAGGAAGGAGAAGGAAACUAGGACGAGGAAGAUAACGGAGUGAAGAGAGAAAAGCGAGAUGGAAAACAGCGCUGCGAGUUCGUGGGGACCUGGGGCAGAACCUUCGGAGAGCGAGAGCGAAGAGGGAGGAGGCAGUCGAAGAAAACUUCUUCAGAAACAAAGAAAGGAGAUCAAGGACCUGCAAGCGGCGAGUAAACGUGCGAUUGCCGGGGCGAAGAUGAAGGGAGAGAAGCAGCGCCUGGAGCUGGAGUUUCGGCAGAAGGAAGCAGACCUCGUUGCUGCGCACAAGAGACAGCUCGCAGCUUUGUCCAAGAAUGCAGAGAAGGCAGAAUCUGAGGAGGCGAAGCAGGAGAUAAACGGAGAGCGAGAAGAGACAGAAAAUGCAGGGGUCUUCGCGGAAAAAACCACUGUGGCUGCUGGGGCUGCCAGCGCCUCGCAGGGCCGAGACACCGGCGCACCGACCGCGGGUGUCACCGCGUCGCCAGGCGAUAGCGCGGACGCGGUCGUCAACGCCUUCGCUUCGCUGAGGCUGUACGGCGGCGACGGAGCCCGAGAGCCUGCAAAGCUUUCCAAGGCACAGCAGCGCAGAAGGAAGAAACGCACAGAAGACGAGGCGAGAGAAGAAGCUCUUAGGCUCGAACGAGAAGAGGCAGGUCCAGAUCCGGGUCAAGUAGAGUGGGAGCUUCUGCGAACGCAUCUGCAGAAGCGAAACCUCGCCAUUCACUCCAUCGCUGCUGACGGGCACUGUAUGUACAGAGGCGUAUGCCAUCAGCUCCAACAGAUUUCUCCGCAAGGCGUCGAGUUUGCACCCGAACAUCCCGCGACUUGGGCUGUUGAACAGUUGCGGGACAAAGUUGCGGACUUUCUCGAAGCCAACCGCGAGGAGUUCCAGCCUUUCCUUGACGAUUCAGCUCAAACUGAGCAAGGCUUCGCGAAUUACUGCGGAAAGAUCCGCAACACUGCUGAAUGGGGAGGAGAAGUCGAGUUGCAGGUGAUUGCCAAGGUUCUCCAGCGACGCAUUCAAGUUGCCACAAUGAAUCAGGGAGAAUUUCUCCUCCUCACUUAUGGCGAGGAAUUCCCUGAAGAGUCAUCGCCAUUGCGCCUUACCUUCCAUCGCCACCUCUUGGCAGCUGGUGGGCACUACAACUCAGUGGUGCCGGCUUCUAGCAAGACAUCGGACUCUGAUGUCGAAUAAAGAGGCAUUGACAGGGUUUUCCGAAUGUUCUCCGUUCGGCUAUUUCUUUCCACAAUUUGCCCGCUUUUGUGUCCACAGGAGCCGCAAUCGAUCUCAGUGAAAGAUGUCAAGGACCACAGAAUUCCCUCUAGUCAGGGUGAACUUCUUCGCUAGUGCCCGUGUGUUUCUCGUUGUUUCUGUAGUGCUCUGAGGUCAUUAUCCACGCAUGCAUACGUAUAUAUAUCUGUAUAUAUAUAUAUAUUUGUGCGGGGAAAGAUGGAGCCGAGUAGAUGGUAGAGCGACUUAGAGAUAAGUAGAGAUGUGAAUUUAAAUAUUGUCUGCAGGGUAUGCAUGCAUCUCCUGUGCGU